CCAGGGAUGUUUAAGAGAGUUACUAAAUGAGGUGGAUUAGGUAGCCUGAUGAACUCCUUUUGCCUCCAUGACCAUUCAACUAAUGCAUCGGGUAUACGAGUGUUGUGCAUCAUUAAAACCCGUGCUAUCUCUUCUUGUAGUUCCUGAAUUAGUCAAAUUCAUUAGUUAGGCAAUAGAUUGAUACAAUUUGAAGUAUGGCACAGCUACUCACAAUCUCAGGUAAUUGUAACUGGUCAUCUGGUCUGAGGUAAACUUUUCCUCUCAUCCAGUCCAUGUCACCUCCUGCCAGGUCCUGGCGGGACGUCCGAGACUUCUCCUUGCUAAGGCUUACCGACAUUUGCUAUGAGCAAAUAAAUUAUUAGUUAGCAAUUAGCUGUAUAACUGAUUCAUCAUAAUUACAGCCUAAUAUGUCAUUAAUUAUUAUUCAUGUCUAUAAACGUACUGUCAUGUCCGAUAUUUUGGACACCUGUUUCUUGGGUGGUAGUAUAGGCAUGAUGAUGAAGUCCCAGCUGUUAAUAUUUGAAUAGAUCUAAAAGCCUUUCAUUGAUCAUAUAUCCAAGACUAUCAAAACUUUUAUAGCUAGGCACUAAAACCGUUGCUAGCACAACUUCAUUAGUUAGGGUUUAUCACCCAACGCCAUUGCAAAGAUCCAUUGGAUUUUCAAACACAUUAUAAAAUAUAACUUCUAUAUUUUGAACAAAGUUUUGUUUGUAGCCAAACGCGAUACACAAUUUCCAAUUAUUUUACUUCACAUGUCAGUCAGAUAGCUUAGUUUGAAGAAUGGCUACUUCAAAUAGCAGAUGUUGAUUAUUUUAUUAUCUUUGUUUUUCCAUUCUUCCCACUGAUCUCCAUGCUUAUGGUUGCUAGGGUAGAUAACAAGAGGAAUAUCAUCAGAAAUUAAUUCAAUUUAAUCAUUAUAUUCUUGCUUAAUUUAUGUUUCACAAAAUCAUUUUUACAUUACAAGAAUAGUGAGUAUAAAUAUUUCUUCAGUUCUCAAUCGAAGCUCCUCGGGUCUCAGGUAUAAUAUAUAUUGUUAUUUAUUUGAUAAGCAUUCGAUUUAGUAAUACAAACUAUGAUUCACUUUUCUAGUCCAUCUAGAUCUGUAUUGGUGUUUGUAACACUGUAUCGCACAACUAUAUGGCAGAUCAUUACCAUGUGAUAUUGUAAGCUUAUGUCAUCAAUCACAAAUUUCUCAAAUGUUAACAUUCGGAUUGUCGAACAUUUCGAGAUAAACAAAUAUUUUGUUGCAAUGUAUUAACUAUCCAUACCGUUUACUACCAUGGUGGUCAAAUUUUACUGGUCUGUUUCAUGCUGGAAAAGAUCAAUACUACCCAGUCCUACCUCAUGGUGAUAUUAGCUGCUCAACAAGUUUCGUGUGCACAUCAGAAGUUCAUUCAAUAAUUCUAUUUAUACGAACCGUUAGAUUGACCUAAUUUUUAUCGUGAUUGUGUGAUCUUAUUGCUAUUGAUGAAGUGUCAUUUCAGAGGUCCAUACUCCUUUUAAUUUGUAUAUCUAAUAUCAAAGUCUUCUUUGGCAUGAUUCUGUAUCAAGUUUUACAAUCCAAAUUAUAAAAACUUGUUGAAUUAUUGUUCUUAUAUUCUAUUUCUCAAGGAGAUUAGGUAAUGCCUCAAGUUCCAGAAUAUCAUUAAAACUAAUUUCUUAAGAUGAUGGAGGACAGUGGAAUAGAUAGUGAUCCAAAGGCUUUGAAUCAGUUGGAAGAUGAAAGACUGUUUCCGGCAAGCAAUAUGUUCAUUAUAUUCCUAUUUUUUUAUCUGUCAAGGAAUAAUUUCAACCAAUUAUUGUAUUUAUUUCAUAGGGUAGCGACAGUAGCAGUAGCAGCAAUCAGGCACCUACUCCACAACGAAGCACCACGAAACAACUGCAGAAAAAACUUGGAUCCUCAUACAGAGGCCAGAAUAGAACAAGCAAAACGGAGUCAGCGAAAUUCAGAGUACAAAAAACUUCCCAGUAGCGGAGGUGGGAAUAGUGGGUCCGGAACCAGUACAGGACUGAUUUCAAUUCAAAGAUUACCAAUUCCACAUAAAGGAAAAGAGCACCAUCCCUUAGUAGAAUAUUGGCAGAGUGAAAGCGAAAGUGAAGACGAGAUGACGUUGUACCCUCUUUCACGUUUGAAAGAGUCAAAUAAACAUAAGCAAGACUUAACGGAUACAUUCAGCAUCGAAGAGUUGAGCGAAGGAAGUGAGGAUUCCUUACACCUGGGUCCUGCACAAUCGUCUCAUCCUCAUGCACGAACCUACACCCCUGUUGGAUGUUUCACGUGCCAUUGUCAUAUCUUGUAAUUAUUUCAGAAACGAGCUGACCUCAAAAUGAUCUAAUGGCUGAUUUCUGGUAAAAUGAAAGUAUACCAGUACAUUACAUUGUUCAUCAAGUAUUGAAUUAUUUGGUAGUAUAAUCAGAUAUAAUUUUAAUCAUCGAUCCAAUCUGCCAAUUCGGUCAAUUGCAGAUAUGGCUAACAAUAAUUUUGGAUUUCUGAUACAUAAUUCGGGCAUCAUGACGUUCAUAUUCCACAGGUAUCUGAUGAUUACAGUAACGUUCGUUGAAUAAGACUGUGCUUCCUACUUUACAAAUAUCCACUCCAGAAAGAAGUUAGAGUUGACUUAAAAUUCUGAGUGCUAAACUAGAAAAAACAUAUAUACCUGAGCAGGUGAUUAGCGGUCAUUAUCGUAGGACGUAUGCAAAAUAAAAUUAGCCACUAAGAAUUACGGACACUUUACGACCUUUUUCGUCGCUGAAUGUUAAUUUUGAAAUAUUUUUUCAUUUUUCAUUUCAUGAGUGGCUGGAGCCCAUCUCAAUGCUACAGAACAUACAAUAAAGGUGGAAAUGUAGCUGAUUAUAGUUUAUAAACUGUUGAACUUUUGAACUUUACAUUUACACAUAAAUGCAUACAUGGAUUAGGUAUGUUAUUUACAAGAAAGGGAUAUCUUCGGUAAUAAUCAUGAAUUCAAAGAUGUUUUCAUUGAUUGACGCACAAAUGACAACGACUAAAACAAAUAUUAUGGUAUAUAAUAUUAUACACAAUCCUAUGUAUAGAGAUCAUACAUAUAUAUAUAUAUA